ACAUUGCGCAGGCGAUGGGUGAGGCGGCCUUGGCCGCCAUGUUUCCGUCGCAGUAACCGCGUUGGUGUCAGUAGCCGUUGCCAGUUUCGGGAGUUCUGGAGAAUUGGGAUGCUGCAGAGUUCAUGGCUGGGGCUGCUCCUUGCGUGGGACAAGAUUCCUCUGCAAUGAUUUGUUUUGGCUGCCCAGGAGGUGUGUCAAGUCGCUGCCGCUCCCCUCGUGGGCGUCAGGCCUCAGAGUUCCCCUACCACCGUGCACCUGGUUUUGCAGCCUAGGCGGGUCACUUUAAUGCAACCUCCUUGCGGAUUGGAGCCUGUUUGCACCCCUAUAGCACGAAUGAGACCCAAGUCACACAGGGGCUCAGAUGUUCUCCGCCCCUGGCUAUGAUCCCCAAGCCAGCCACCCGAGUUUCCAGGCCGCAGGUGCUUUGAAAACACUGUAUGUCGGUGAAUGGCAGAUACUCAUCUGCUUUAGCUACAUCAUGCUCUGCACCACUCCUGCCAGCUCGGUUGCAGUCUGAAUUUGAGUCAGAAACUUUUCAUGGUGGAUGAGGGUUGUAAAUAUCCAAAGCGACUCCAGAUGAAAUUGCCCUCAUCAAAGGAAGCUCAGAUGACAGAUUUCUGCAUAGAAGCCAAAAGCCUUCCCUCAAGAAAAGAGUCAGUUUCUAGUAUUUGCAAACUCAGAACAGUGUCAAUUUUAGAUCACUACAAUGCUGCCCAUCAAGGAAGAACCCUAUUGCUCCCUGGCGUCUCUCCUUGAACCCUAAACACAGUAGAUUCAGAAACUAAGUCAGCAAAUGGAGGAAGAUUCUUAACCGUGAUAGGUUGGAAAACGUGCGUCAGAGGGCCACAUCCCUUCCUCGAGUUCAGGCUACCACCUGACUGCAGGUCAGAGCUGGAAGAGACAGUGAAAAUCCAAUACCUAGCCAAUACAGAAAAUUAAUGUAUGGGAGGAGGCCAGCUACUCUUGACAUGGAAAGUUCAGAUUAUUUUCAAGCUUCAAGAAGGGAACCAGCGACAGGGAUAAAUGAAUGAGUAGAGCCACUUACCGGCAAAAAGUGUUGGAAUUUUUUCUACACCACUCCAGCUCCUCAUUGCAGGGCUGCUGUAGAGAACUGAUGUCCCCAGUUCUGCCCAUCUCAGAGGAACUGCUUCCGGGCACCUCCCUAAACGUAAAUAUUGGACUGUGGUUGUGCCAGUUGACACUCAGGAGUGGAGACCAGAUCUACAAUCUCUUGGGACUGUGAUGAGGGGAUCAUCCUGCCCUCAAACCAGACCCAGCCCUGUAGCCCGGGCACUGUUGCCUGGAGUUCCUGGGCUCUCAGCACCAGGAAAUCAUGAGGUUCAAUGUCUCAGGCAUGAGGACCGACUACCCCAGAAGUGUGCUGGCUCCUGCUUGUGUGUUAGUCUUUCUCCUCCUCUCGUGUCCAAGGGAAGUCAUUGCUCCCGCUGGCUCAGAGCCAUGGCUGUGCCAGCCGGCACCCAGGUGUGGAGACAAGAUCUACAACCCUUUGGAGCAGUGCUGUUACGAUGAUGCCAUCGUGUCCCUGAGCCAGACCUGCCAAUGUGGUCCCCACUGCCCCUUCUGGCCCUGCUUUGAGCUCUGCUGUCCUGAGUCCUUUGGCCUCACAAACCAUUUUGUUGUGAAGCAGAAGGUUCAGGGUGUGAAUUCCCAGUGCGACUCAUCUCCCAUCUCCCGUAAAUGUGAAAGCAGAUCUUUUCCCUGAGAAGACAUAGAAAGAAAAUCAACUUUCACUAAGGCAUCUCAGAAACACAGGCUGGGGUAAUAUGUGUAACAGUAAAGAAGCCUGAGGAAUUUACAAAAUGGUGCAACUCCAAGCCAUUGUAUGGCCCAUGUGGGAGGCUGAUGGGACAUGGAGAAUGACAGUAGAUUAUCAGAAAAUAAAGUAGUUUUUCCAGUGUA